AGCUCCAACUUGAACCAAGCAAAAGCUGAAGCAUGCUCGAUGAAGACGACGAAGACUUCGUCUCGGCUCAAUAUCUCGGUCUGAACAAACCGGUUUUCGGCAUUUCCUUACUUGUUUAACCAAAUGGAGCUUCCUUUCACAUCGUUUACAGCUCCUAAUCCUCCAACGACGUCGUUGUGUGGCAAACUCUGCCAUUUUCCGGCUACGAGAAAGAGGAGGACGGCGCUGUUCGACGGAGCUUCUAGGGUUUCGGUAGUUAGGGGCUCGGCGGAGCAACGCAGCAGUGAAGGAAUUGAUGGAAGAGACGGAGAGAGUCGGGGAGGAGGGUUCACGAGCCCUGCCAUGGAGGUCACCACAUUUAAUUCGAGCUUCGGCGAAGCUGAGUUCCCUGUUUGGGAAAAGAUUGGUGCUGUUGUUAGACUUAGCUAUGGAAUAGGUAUAUAUGGUGCAAUGGCUGUGGUAGGAAGAUUUAUAUGCUCCGUCACGGGGAUCGAUAGCAUGGGAGGUUUCCAAGUAUCUUUAGAUGCAAUUGUACAAGGGCUUGGAUAUGCAGCUCCACCAAUCAUGGUCCUUCUCUUUAUACUAGAUGAUGAAGUUGUAAAGUUAUCGCCACAUGCUCGUGCUAUUAGAGAUGUAGAGGAUGAGGAGCUCCGCAGCUUCUUUUAUGGAAUGUCACCUUUGCAGUUUAUACUAAUUGUUGCCGCAAGCUCUGUGGGUGAGGAGCUUUUCUACAGGGCUGCUGUUCAGGGAUCGUUGGCCGAUAUAUUUCUAAGGGGCACAGAUCUGGUCACAGAUGCCCGAGGAAUGGCGUCUCUGACCGGAUUUUUUCCCCCAUUUGUCCCUUUUGCUCAGGCAUUUGCAGCGGUGAUUACAGCUGCUCUUACAGGUUCUCUGUACUAUGUAGCAGCCUCUCCAAAAGAUCCUGAUUAUGUAGUUGCACCAGUUUUAUCAUCUCGCUCUGGUCGUGAAGAGAUGAAAAAGCUGUUUGCAGCUUGGUAUCAGAGGAGGCAAAUGAAGAAGAUCUACUCUCCCCUGCUUGAAGGACUUCUGGCCCUAUAUCUUGGUUUUGAGUGGAUGCAGACAAAUAAUAUUCUUGCGCCCAUGAUCACACAUGGCAUAUACUCUGCCGUGAUAUUGGGUCAUGGCCUCGUGAAGAUACAUGAUCAUCGGAGAAGACUACGCCAGAGAAUCGAACACCUUAAAGUAGAUGGCAAAAAGUAAAACAAGUUAUGGAGCUUCACACUGCCGGGGGGACUAUCCCAACUUGGGGGAAAAUUUGUAAAUUACUUAGAAGAGCAAAUAUUCCCACUACAGUAUACUAAUAUAAAGUUGAAAACUAGGAAGUCUGUAAAUAAUGCAAUUUGUAGAUGGAGAGUUUUUGUAAACAUAUUUGUGAUAAAAAUGUUAGUUUCUUGAA